AUGGCGCUGAACCAGGCGUCGGAAAAUUCUGUAUGGGCUCAGCCUGCAAGUGCCGAAGUUGCUCCAGAUGGCACAGGCGUCAUACAGCUAGACCCUUGGCUGUCCCCUUACAAAGACGCUCUAAAAGCUCGAUUCGCAAAGGCUCAGAAGUGGAUCAAGACUAUCGACGAGACCGAAGGGGGCCUGGAGAAGUUUAGUCGAGGUUAUGAAAAGUUUGGCUUCACAUUCUCUAGCAAUGGCGAUAUUACUUAUAGGGAAUGGGCGCCGAACGCUGAGCAGGCAUUUCUGAUUGGGGAGUUCAAUAACUGGGACAGAAAAGCCACCCCGAUGAAGAAGAACAACUUUGGCGUAUGGGAGCUGACCCUUCCUGCCAAGGACGGCGUGCCCGCAAUAUCACACAACACCAAAUUGAAGAUAUCUAUGGUGCUUCCUGGAGGAGAACGGAUCGAGAGAUUACCGGCCUGGAUCACCAGAGUCACGCAGGAACUGGCGGUCUCACCCGUCUAUGAUGCGGUACUAUGGAAUCCACCUCCGUCAGAAAGAUAUGUCUUCAAGAAUCCUCGGGCCCCUUAUCCAAAAAGCGUCCGAAUCUACGAGGCACACGUCGGCAUCUCCACCCCCGAUCUCAAGGUGGCCACCUACAAGGAGUUCACCAAGAAUAUGCUUCCGCGAAUCAAAUAUCUCGGAUACAAUGUCAUCCAGUUGAUGGCUAUCAUGGAGCAUGCCUAUUAUGCCAGUUUUGGAUAUCAGGUCAACUCAUUCUUUGCCGCAAGUUCCCGAUAUGGCACCCCCGACGACCUGAAAGAACUCGUCGACACCGCUCACGGCAUGGGGCUCACUGUUCUCCUGGACAUUGUGCAUUCCCAUGCAAGUAAGAACACAUUGGAUGGCCUGAACAUGUUUGACGGGAGUGAUCACCUGUACUUCCACGAAGGUGGAAAGGGUCGACAUGAUUUGUGGGACUCCCGGCUCUUCAAUUACGGUCAUCAUGAGGUCAUGCGCUUCCUUCUCUCCAACCUUCGCUUCUGGAUGGACGAAUAUCAGUUCGAUGGCUUCCGAUUUGACGGAGUGACAUCAAUGCUUUACACUCAUCAUGGCAUCGGCACUGGCUUCUCUGGCGGCUACCACGAGUACUUUGGGCCCUCGGUCGACGAAGAGGCUGUUGUCUAUCUGAUGCUAGCAAAUGAGAUGCUCCAUAACAUCUAUCCCAACUGCAUCACCAUUGCCGAGGACGUUUCCGGCAUGCCCGCACUAUGUUUGAAGCUUUCAUUGGGUGGUGUUGGCUUUGACUACCGACUCGCCAUGGCCAUACCAGACAUGUACAUCAAAUUGUUGAAAGAAAAGUCGGACGACGACUGGGAUAUUGGAAAUAUUGCAUUCACACUGACCAACCGAAGACUCGGGGAGAAGACCAUUGCCUACGCCGAAUCUCACGACCAAGCCCUCGUGGGUGACAAGACGUUGAUGAUGUGGCUGGCAGAUGCAGAAAUGUACACACACAUGUCCAUACUGACAGAACUCACCCCAACCAUCGAGCGAGCUCUUUCCCUGCACAAGAUGAUUCGCCUAGUCACACACGGUCUCGGUGGAGAAGGAUACCUCAAUUUCGAAGGGAACGAAUUCGGCCAUCCUGAAUGGCUCGACUUCCCUCGCGAAGGCAAUCAGAAUUCAUUCUGGUACGCCCGCCGACAAUUCAAUCUCACGGAAGACCACCUGCUGCGGUACAAGUUCCUCAACGAGUUCGACCGCACGAUGCAAUGGACCGAGGAGAAAUACGGCUGGCUCCAUUCUCCUCAGGCAUAUAUCUCACUGAAGAACGAAUCGGACAAAGUCCUCGUCUUCGAGCGAGCAGGCCUGCUCUGGGUCUUCAACUUCCAUCCUACCAAGUCUUUCACUGACUACCGUGUCGGCGUCGAGCAGGCAGGCGUGUACAAGAUUGUCAUCGACACGGACGCACCCGAGUACGGUGGCUUGGGGAGGAAUGCAAAAGACACUCGCUUCUUCACCACUGAUCUACCCUGGAACAAUAGAAAAAACUUUACCCAAGUUUAUAUCCCGACAAGAACCGCUCUGGUAAGUGAUCAUUGUCCACAUAUUUGA